GUACUAUAUAACAACACCCCAAGAUCCACCUUGCUUCACUCACUCAUACAAUAGAGACCAGCUUUUGCUUCUUUGUGAACAUGGAGAUGAGGAAAUCAUGUGGCUUCUUCUUGUUGCUCCUCCUCCUUGUCUUUGCUUCCCAGGUGGUGGUGCAGACGGAGGGAAGAGUGUGUGAGUCACAAAGCCACGGGUUCCAUGGUUUGUGUAAUAGAGACCACAACUGUGCUUUGGUCUGCAGGAACGAAGGUUUCUCCGGUGGCAGGUGCAAAGGCUUCCGCCGCCGCUGCUUUUGCACCAGGAUUUGUUGAGAUCUCAUCAAACACUACUCUUGCCAUGCAAAUUAAUAAAUCAUAGCUAGGCCAAAUAAAUUGCAUCUACUCUUUAUCCAUUUGGGAGCUAGCUACCACAACCAACUCAUACUUGGUCAUUGGAUUGCUUCCCUUUGGCUUCUGCCUUUGCUUAUCUCUCUACCUCUACGUCUUGUUCAGGGUUUAUGUUUCGUAAUGAUUAAUGAAUGCUGUUUAAUUAACUAGUA